CGACCGCCGAGUGCCAACUGAAAUGGAAAUUGCAAAAAGGUUUUAGAGAAGCCAAACGUGCCACAUAUACACAAGCUUAAUGCCCAAACAUACCCCAAGCAAAAUACUAGACAUUUCUUCCAUCAAUUUUCCCUUGCAACUACAGGAAUCCUGAAAUUAACACGUAUCUGAAUCUCUGAUACCUGCAAAUCUCUGAUCAAAUCUGCCGCUGAGACGCAGUAGAUGGCUAUGGCGAGGGCAAGCUCUGGCCUCGCGUACCCCGAGCGAUUCUUUGCUGCGGCUUCCUACGCCGGCUUCGAUGGAUCUCCACAGUCCUCCACCAAGGACAUCGAGUCCAGGUUUAAACCAGACGUUGCUUUGAUCCUCUACGCUUUGUACAAGCAGGCCACCGUAGGACCUUGUAAUGUUCCAAAACCCAGUUCUUGGAGUCGUGUUGAACAAAGCAAGUGGCAAAGCUGGAAGGAGCUAGCAAACAUGGCUUCUACUGAAGCUAUGCGUCUCUUUGUGAAACUAUUGGAGGAAGAAGAUCCAGGUUGGUAUUCAAGGGCAUCUAACUUUGUUGCAGAGCCCGAACCUGUUGUUGAUGUGCAAAUGAAUCAUAAUUCCAGAGUUGAAACUAUCAUUGAGAAUGGGAAUGCUUUACCUGAGACGAAGACCAUUUCCACUGAAAAUGGAAGCAUGAUGGACACUCAGGACAAAGAUGUUGUCUCUGAAGGCCUUGGUUCAGUUGUUUUCUAUGACCAGUGGAUUGCACCUCCAAUAUCUGGUCAACUCCCCAAAGCCAGAUAUGAGCAUGCAGCAGCUGUUGUUCAAGACAAAAUGUAUAUAUUUGGUGGAAACCACAAUGGUCGUUACCUUAGUGAUCUUCAUGUUCUAGAUUUGAGAAGUUGGACUUGGUCAAAGGUUGAUGCUAAGGCUGAUCUUGAAUCAUCUGAAUUGUCCUCACCCGUAGUUGUAACCCCAUGUGCUGGUCAUUCCUUGAUACCUUGGGAGAACAAACUUCUCUCCAUUGCUGGCCACACGAAGGAUCCUUCUGAAACUAUUCAGGUGAAGGCAUUCGAUCUGCAAACUGGUACUUGGUCAAACUUAAAGACUUAUGGCAAACCACCGGUAUCACGUGGAGGUCAAUCUGUGACCCUUGUUGGAACAAGCUUAGUUAUAUUUGGAGGACAAGAUGCUAAGCGAACACUCUUGAAUGAUCUACAUAUACUUGACCUGGAGACCAUGACUUGGGAUGAAAUUGAUGCUGUGGGGGUGCCUCCUUCACCUAGAUCUGAUCAUGCUGCUGCAGUACAUGCAGAGCGCUACCUUCUUAUUUUUGGUGGGGGAUCACAUGCUACUUGUUUUAAUGACUUGCAUGUCCUCGAUUUGCAAGCUAUGGAAUGGGCAAGACCCACACAACAAGGUGAAAUCCCAACUCCUAGGGCUGGACAUGCGAGUGUGACAGUUGGGGAGAAUUGGUUUAUUGUUGGUGGUGGUGACAAUAAGAGUGGUGCAUCAGAAACUGUUGUCCUCAACAUGUCUAGACUUGUGUGGUCAGUUGUGACAUCAGUUCAAGGACGGGUUCCACUUGCGAGUGAGGGCUUGAGUUUGGUUGUAAGCUCCUUCAAUGGUGAAGAUAUACUUGUAUCUUUUGGAGGCUACAAUGGGCGUUAUAACAAUGAGGUUAAUGUUCUCAAGCCAAGUCACAAGUCAACCCUGCAAUCAAAGAUAAUGGAAGCUCCUGUGCCUGAUAGUGUUUCUGCUGUGCAUAAUGCUACAAACCCUACCAGAGAUUUGGAGUCUGAGUUUGAAGUUGGCCAAGAAGGAAAAAUUCGAGAAAUUGUUAUUGAUAACAAUGAUCAAGAGCCCACAAAAGCCAAGAGUGGGGAGACUGGUGAACACCUCAUGGCCAUACUAAAGGCCGAGAAAGAAGAGCUGGAGUCAUCACUCAACAAGGAGAAGUUGCAAAACCUUCAGCUAAAGCAAGAAUUAGUGGAAGCUGAGACUCGAAACACAGACUUGUAUAAGGAGCUUCAAUCUGUGCGUGGUCAACUUGCUGCUGAGCAAUCAAGAUGUUUCAAACUAGAGGUUGAUGUUGCGGAAUUACGUCAGAAGCUCCAGACUAUGGAAACGCUGCAAAAGGAACUUGAGCUCCUACAGCGUCAAAAAGCUGCUUCUGAACAAGCUGCCUUAAAUGCAAAACAGAGGCAAAGCUCGAGUGGUGUAUGGGGUUGGCUGGCAGGAAGCCCUCUCCCUAGGGAGGAUGAUGCCUGAAAUUCUUGAAAGCCUAAAUCACUAGAACUCUCAUUUAUAAAUUUUUUCUCUUCAAUCAGAUAAUUUUAUUGUACUUAACCCAUUUCUUUGUGAUGGAAAUAAGAUCCCUAGCUACCUAGAAUCAAUCUCGGUCCCUCCUGGGCGGAGGGUUUUUGCCUUCAAUACACAUGUAGUUUCAGUUGCAACUUGUCAUAUGGCUGUGGGUGCAAUUUUUUCCAGUUACCAGGGAUCUCAUUGUGUGUAUCCAAUGUGAAAAUAGAGUGAAUUAUAGGUUUCGAGUGUUUGCUACCAAAAUUUGUUUAAAUGUUUUUAUUUUGGGGGGAGGAAAUGGUGUAUUGUAUGCCUUUUUCCGGAAUUAUAACCAUUUCAGUUUCUUUGUUGUCCAGAACAGAGAUCUUACGAAUUUGCAAUAUGGAAAAAAUGGCAACGCUUUGA